AUGGCGAUUACCAUCCUUCCCCCAGUGGUAGAGGAAGCUGCUCCCUACCAAAUCGAUUCAGAUGACUCUAUGUCUGUGAGUUCCGAUGAGGACGUCGAGAUGACGGGCGUCUCUCGGCCUCACAAGCGACCUCGUUUACAGGGAAAUUCGAAUAUCGGCGCAGGAAUUGUCACACCAGGAGAAGUGGUCACAGAUGAUCCGCAAUGGAUGAGAGGACACGGCACCUAUAUGAACCCGCUCUCAACAUCUAUCAUUGCUACCGUUGCUGGUACCGUUCAAAAGACCAAUAAGCUACUCUCCGUUCACCCUAUGCGCGCCCGCUAUACCCCCGAGAUUGGCGACCUAGUUGUUGGUCGCAUUGUCGAAGUGCAAUCACGGCGGUGGAAGGUCGAUGUUGCCGCACCCCUACUCGCCCAGCUUCCUCUUUCCGCAAUCAAUUUGCCCGGUGGUAUUCUGCGUCGACGAACAAGCGCCGACGAGCUCCAGAUCCGAACAUUCUUCAGCGAGGGUGACCUUGUAGUUGCCGAAGUGCAGAGCGUGCACCAGGAUGGCGCGGCGUCACUACACACACGAUCUCUGAAAUACGGAAAGCUGCGCAACGGCGUGUUUCUUGCCGUGGCCGGAACUGGAGGCAGCGGGGCCUCCAGCUCUAGCGUUAAGGGUGGUGUUGGGGCUGGGUCUUCGGCUGUGGGCAGUUCUCUGGCUGCUCCUGGAGGUUCUGGUACUGGUGGUGUAGUACGGUCAAAGCGGCAAGUAUGGAGUGUGCCUGCUGCCAAUGGUGGUGGUGAUAUCAAUAUUGUUCUCGGAGUGAACGGAUAUAUUCAUAUCUCUAAACAUGCCGAUGGGGCCGAAGCUGCAUCCUCGACUACGGAGAAUGUUUCCAUUACGCGCAUGGAAGAGAUGGUCUCCAGUUCGAUCUACUCUAGCCAGAACGACGAUAUUUCUCCGAAGACCCGCCGAGAGAUUGCGCGGUUGACACAGUGCAUUCGCGUGCUGGUACAGAAUGGAGUGCGUGUGGCUGAAGACACAGUUAUGAGUGCCUAUGCGGCUAGCCAACAGGUGGAUCUGGAGAUUGGAGACGAUGAGGACGAGGAAGAUGAAUGGCGACAGGAAGGCCGCGAGUAUCUAGAGGGCGUCAAGGCCCGACAGAUCAUCGAGUUGGUGAGGCAGAAGCUGUAA